UUGUUACCAAUUGUUUUGAACUCUCGUUUCUACGCGUCUAUGCCUCUACGAGCUGUGGUGUGUACAAUAUCCUUCUUCUCCUGAACAUACUUUGUUAUAUAGAAAAUGCCCCUUCGUACAAUAAGCUCAAAAACUCUCAUGCCCCCUAAAAACUCCAUCUCCUUUUUCUAUUUUUACUUUCUUAAUUUCAAUUUCAAGGUACGCUUAAGUUUCUUCUUUUCUCGUACACAACAUUCUUACUGCCUCUCAGGAUUCAACAACAAUAGUAGCACUGGUGAAUACGUUUGUACAAACAGUAGAAGUAGAAUGUGCCCAGAUGGGCAUUUCAAAAACCUAAUCUUGAAAACAUUACACGAAAAUCCUAGGGCAUUUAAAAACACUUAUUGGGAAGUUCCCGAUUAUUUUAAUGUUUUGAUAAUUGAUUCUGAAUUGUUUAUAAAUGUUUUAAAGUCGAUUCGACACAGACCAAGUGUGGUGCUCGGUUUGUUCAGAUGGGCUGAGGUGCAAAAGGGGUUUAAGCAUUCAGAAUUUGUAUUUUGUACUGUUCUUGAAAUUCUUGUGCAGAACGAUAUGAUGUCAUCUGCUUAUUGGGUGGCUGAGAGGGCCAUCAGCAUGAAUUUGCACUGUGUUGUUGAUGUAUUAAUUGAUGGAUACUUGAAAUAUGAUGUCUCGGUCAAGUUACUUGAUUUAUUAUUGUGGGUUUACUCAAAAAAAUCUGAUGUUAAGCAUUGUUUACUUGUUUUUGACAAGAUGGUAAGGAUCAGGUUUUUGCCGGAUGUGAAGAAUUGCAACAGAGUUCUUAGGAUACUUAGGGAUAGAAAUUUGGUUGCGAAAGCUAGAGAAGUGUAUGGGAUGAUGGGGGAUAUUGGGAUCGAGCCUACAAUUGUAACCUAUAACACGAUGUUGGAUUUACUAUGUAAAAAAGGUGAAGUGCAGCAGGCACUUGACCUUUUGCUGGAGAUGCAGCGGAGGGAUUUCAGUCCGAAUGAUGUUACAUAUAAUUUGAUGAUCAAUGGGUUGUCAAAGAAAGGUGAGUUUGAUCGGGCCAAAGAGUUGAUUGGGGUGAUGUUGAAUAAAGGGUUGGAGGUUUCAUCGUAUACAUACAACCCUCUUAUAAGUGGUUAUUGUCAGAAGGGAAUGCUUAUCGAGGCACUAUGGCUUGGGGAAGAGAUGGAAAUUAGAGGAGCCUUGCCUUCUAUAUCGACUUACAAUGCAUUUAUGCAUGGGUUCUGCAAGUUAGGGAGAGUGAAUGAUGCCUGGCAAUGGAUUCCCGUGAUGCUGAAGAAGAACUUGAUGCCUGAUGUUGUUACAUACAACACUCUGAUAUAUGGACACUGUCAGUUGGGGGAUAUUACCAAGGCUUUGUUCUUGUUGUUUGAGAUGAGGAGAAGGAAUGUCAAACCUACUUUGAUAACCUAUAAUACAAUGAUGGAUGGACUGUGCAAACAUGGGGAUUUAGAUUCUGCUAUGCGGCUGAAAGAUGAAAUGAUCAGUUAUGGCAUUUUUCCUGACGCUUUUAGCUAUACAAUUCUCAUAGAUGGUUCUUAUAAGGCAGGAAACUUAUUGAUGGCGAAGAAAGUAUUUGAUGAGAUGGUGAGCAAAGGGGUGGAGCCUGACCGGCUUGCCUACACAACUUGCGUUACGGGUGAACUGAAGCUUGGGUACUUAUCAGGCCACAUCCUGCAAUUUGGCACCUGGUUCAUGGAUUGGCAUUGUUUACCUUGUUGUAUUACAUUUUUGUUAUUUCAGGUCUGUGGAUUGGAGUGGUGCCUAAGGAUUCAAUUGAUGUUCACGAGCUGUGUCAAGCAUCUUAAUUUCUAAAGAUACUGAGCCAAAUUAAAUCUUAGUGGUACAAAGGUGAAAGUAGGAUGCUAAUGCUGUACAAAUCCGGGAAAACUUAUCUGUGAGUGUCCUGAUUUUCUAUUGAAAUCUGUAUUUAAUUUUCUUACUCAUAAUGUAUCUUACAACUCGGGAAUGAAGUUGGUAAUGGUAUUUAGAAUAUCCCGAGUUUGAGCACCCAUUUCUUAUUUCCCAAUCACUUCUCACUACCCUAUAACGAUUCCUUUUAUUAUCUUGAAACCUAUUGGUUCCUACUGCCACGCGUUUUAUGUAACGUGGUUUAACCGCAAGUGUACGGUGUCAAGUUUUGUAAUAUAGUGAUAGAAUUGAAGUGUCGAAUCCACAGGGAUUGAUGUUUGAUUCCUACUGAAUACUAUAUUAUUUUAACUUCUACUUUAUUCAGAAAACCAAUUUUUGACUUGAUGUGUUCAUGCUAAAUUAAUAUGAUGUGAAUUGGAUGGCAAUUCAAACAACUCAAGAUGAAAUAUAUGAAAAUAAUCAAUGCAAGGAAGUCUAGAGAAUGAUUUCACCGCCCUAUCGACAAUGUUUUUCAAUUUCUAUGGUUAUUUCUCUAAAUUUUCCUCAAUUUAUAGGCAAGAACCGUAAAUUAAUCCCAUUCCUUCUGUCGAGUGCCGAAUAGAAUUUAUUUCUAUACUCUAACCCCAAUAUCUCUAUUCCGGAUUAUAUUUAUAAAAAUUAUUAAGUCCUUGGUUCUUGAUUUGAAAUAAGCCUCAACGAAUUUGUACUUUCUCUCGAAACCUACUGAAUCUAGGUUAUGUUAUUCGUGGAUCAAGAUUAAACCUCCCUCUCUCGAGUGCCGAAAUUCAAUAUAUCAAAUUAUUCAACCAUUGAUCAGGUGAUUGAAAGCAAUAAGCAUAAAUAACACAAAUAAAUGCCGAAAAAUUAAAGAAAUACCAUAUCAACGUCCAAACAUUGUAUCAAGUUCGGUUACAUCAAAGCCUCCAGGGCACAUCUCCAAGUGGUAAAAGGGGAGGGUGGAGAAAUCCAGCUUUGCUUGAGGCUGU